AAAGCGACUCUUCCACUCACAUCGAUCAUGAGCACGGGUCGAGAUGCCGGGGCCUGACCAGGAACACAUGAGCUCCAUGAGCUCCAUGAGCUCCAUGGACUGCGAGGUGUCCAUUGAGCUGCCCCCUGGCAAGGCGCAUGCCGAAAAGUCCGAUUGCGGUCACUGGAGGUGUGAAGCUGUCCGUACCCGACGUGGCCUGGACAGCCUGGACAGCCUGGACACUCAGGUAGACGAAGAGAAGGGACAGGAGAUCCAGGAGUUCCCGCGCCCCGCUGGCCAGGUGGCCACCGUCCUGUAUUUGGCUCUUGCUCUUGGACAUUUGCUUCUCAUACAAGUGCAAUGGCAGGGAACUGCCACGGAGGGCAGCCUCUUUCUGGUUCUCAGCGGCUUGCAGGUGUGCCUUGCCUUUGAAGCCGCGGUCUACGCUGCGGGUGGCUUUUCGUGGCUGCCCUUUCUGGAAGCCGCUGGCCGCAUGCGGCUGCUGCUGGGUGCCACAGCCUGGGCCUGGCUGCUGCCCUGGGCCGCGGAGCUGCACUGCCGCUGCCGGCCUGCGCCCGGCACGGCGCUGCUGGCGACGCAGCAAGGAUAUGCGCUCGCCUACUUUGUGAGCGCCUUCUUUGCCUUGCGAGAGAUUUGCUUUGUGCUGCGUGGUGAGCCACCAUCAGCUCUGGACAGGUCGCAGCAGCCGCGCUUGGGAGACUGCCUUCCGAGCAACGCAGUGCUUGGGGGGCAGUUCCGCUUGGACAAGGCUGAGCUGGAGGAGACUGGGAGGGCCGUCUUCGUGCCGUCGCGCGCACGCUCUGGCCUGGGCAUCUCCUCGGGCCUUGCGCUGGUGGCACACCUGGCCGCGGGCCUGGCCCUGCGUCCCAGCGGCUGGCCAGGCUGGCUGCUGUCCGGUGGCCUCGUGGCUCUCCUGGCGCGGAGGUUUGGCACCGUGUGGGACUUGUGGGACGCCAAGGGCUCCAAGCUGGGCGCGCAUGAGGUGCCACGCUUGGUUUGCCGGGCUGGCGAGUUCUGCUGGCUGCUGUGUGCUCUGUGGCAGCUGCGGGCGUGCGAAGCGGAAGCUGGCGGAGCCCUCGCAGAGUGCAAAUGACCGAGUGAGCCGCGACGUUCGACGUGCAGAGUGUGCAAAGAAGAGAGUCGGAGAGUCGAGAGUAUGGGCAAACAACAUUUCGUUGCUGCUUUUCUAUGUUUUUCUUUUCCCACCCCAGCCACUGCACUGGAAGCGCAUGCAGCUCGGCCCCCUCAAUCUCAGCAGGAGAAGACCCUCCAUCAGCUCCUGGCAGAGCCAU